GGAAUUACAAAGAAUAACAUGUCAUGGUUAACUAUAUGUACAAAAGGAAGCUCUCAUUCAAGUCACAUUGACAGUUUUCAAGCGUAACAACCAUGAUACACCUCAUGAGAAAAAUCACAAAUAACAAUCAUAAAUCAAUCACUCGAGUCGCAGUUGGAGCCAUAGUAGGAGGGUCUUCACUCAUAUACUACGCCUCCAAUGUUUCAGUUCUCAAUCCAUCACAACACAUGUUGAGAUGCAAAUGGAGUAAUAUGCAAGACCAAGACUUGUUCUACCCUGCAUUCUCUCAUUCGGGAGCUUCACAAAAUAGCAACUGGUUUCUUCCAUUUUUCAUUUCAAGAACAAGUUUUGACGCAUCACCAUCAUCAUCAACAUCAUCAUCAUCAUCAUCAUCACCACCACCACCACCACCACCUCCGCUGCCGCCGCUACCACCACCACCACCAUCAUCAUUUGAUAUAAAGAAAAAAAUAUCCCUGGCGGUUCAUGGUGGUGGUAGUACAAAACACUACCCCCGUAGUAAGUGUCUCACUCGAAAUACAAUUGCCAAUGCAGCUGCAAGUGUUAAUCCUGCUGUAGUGACUAUCAAUUUCCGAGAAAAACGCGGAUGUCUCCCUCUCCGUAGGGUUUGGUGUAUCCCGCCGUUCGCGUGCGGGUUCUCCCUCUUCGUAGGGCUUGAGCAUGCAUCGGGAUCGAAGGAGGACGAUUGCAGAUGGAGAUGACUGGCAUCGAGAUUGAAGGAGGUCGAUUGCAAAGGAUUGGCAAUCGGCGAAGUGAGGCUAUAACGAUGGGCAAAUUCCAAGAGCAGAUCAGCGGUGAACAAAAGGACAAAGACGAAUUGGCGAUUGAUGAUGAUGAAGAAGAGGCGGUCGAGUCGGAGGAAAACCACUUUGGUGCGACAAUAAUCGUUGUGAUGGCCCGGCCUCCUCCAGAACCACCGCCAAGGGUUGAUCGCCGCGUUUUGGAGUUUGCUUAUUUAUUUUUCUGCAUUUUAAUUUUCACGUUAAGACGUUUGUGUUUUGUUGUUAUUUUAUUUCAUGCUGUUAGACUUUUGCACUUGGUUUGGGGGAUGAGAGGCAUGCGGUAAUCGUCGUUGGCUUUAAUUUGCCCAAGUUAGGUCUAGCGAGUUAUAUUGCUUUGUCCAAGGUGAUUAACUCAGAGUGUCGACCAAUGGCGGAUGGUUACAUGUGGUCCUUACGCUAUCUUUCAUCCCGGCUGAAUGCUAUUUUAUCAAUAUAAGCACCCUUCGUUAAAAAAAAACUAGGCCCGCAAGAGUGACUUCUUUAUUCCAAAAGGUUGAAUCCCCAAUCCUAAAGGUCCCCCGCCCCGACAUGACAUAUGUAAGGUUGUAAAUCACAACGAUCCAGUAAGCCCAACAGUGGUAGACUUUAUAUCCGUGCGCAACUGAGGUUUAUCCUAGCACACAGGCCGGAGCUGUAACCUCCACACAACUGUUGCGGAUUUUGAUCCUCGGUCAUUCUUCCAACUUUCUUAUUACUCGACCAAAUGGGCUACCCGUGCAGAUACAUUGACUUCUUUAUAUAGAGAGCAUUAAGGUGGAAUUAUUCCUGUGAGAAAAUGAAACUAGCUUAUUUAAAAAGUAAAAAAAAUAAUAAAAAUCAUAAAACCUUUUCCCACUUGAAUCUCACCUAAUUUCGCUUAGACUUUUAAGGCUUGAAAAUUGAUCAUGUCACUUUAUCAUGUCUUACGCUUUUUAGAACAUUGAUGACAUAUAAAAUUUCAUUUCCAUGUUUCAUUGGACUUUUGGAGAGGGAGCUUAAGGAGAUGGAUGAAGAAAAAAAUAGAUGGAUAGAUGAAGAGUCCGUUUGGUAAUAGCCAAAUCGGCUGUAUUGGUUGGUUCCGCUGAAAUUUAUGAAGUUCUGGCUGAUGUGGUUGUAUUGGCUGAUUCUACUGAUUUGAGAAAAAAAAAAAUUAAAAUACAUUUUAUUAAUAAAAUAAAGAAAAAUUAUAUGAAAAAAUAGCUAAAAUUGCCCUCUACAAUAAAUUCAGCCAAUACAGCCAGAAAAGUAACUUCAGCCUUACCUUUUCUUAUUAUCAUACGAUUCAACCUGUAAAAUCAAAAGUUGACUUGAAAUAUAUAUAAAAAAGCGUUUCUCGGCUUUUGGCUUAAAAAAGCUAAAAUUAGUUAUUUCAUGUGACAACUUCUACUUAAAAAGCGUUUCUCGGCUUUUGUGCAAAAAACACUUAUUUACCAAACACUGCCAACUUUUACUUUUCAAAAUAACUUUUUUCUCAAACACUAUCAACUUUUACUACUAAUCACUUUUUCCAAAAUCACUUCCAAAAGUGCUUUUUUUAAGCAGAAGCAGUUCUAAACACUCCCUUACAAGCCUGAAAAGCCAAAAAUCAUGCCUACUAAAGGGGCACGAAAAGUAUCCGCUCAUAUCUUGUUGUAGAUUUUGGGGUUGUUUGGUAAAUGACGUUUCAACCAAAAAAUGGCGGUUUGACCACUUUUAGCGUUUUCGAUGAGUGAAAACAUUGUUUGGGAAAUAGUGGUUCGACACUAGCAUUUUUGGACGGAACCCGCCAAUUUUAUCCCGUUGGUCAAACCCGCUGGUUGAAUCCACUAUUAACAACCCGCUAGCAUAACCCGUUAACCGCUAAAUGCCAAAAACGCCCUUUUAUCUCACAUUUGUCUCGCUUAUUACUUUCUGGUUGAUUGACUUAGUGAUUUGCGUUUGAAAGGUUCUCAAGGAUCUGGUACAAUCAUUGACAAAGAUGGAACCAUAUUAACUGCUGCUCACGUGUUGUUCGAUAGCUCUCCCGGGUCGAGCCUCGUCCAAAGGCCCGGUUUGAUUUAUGUGACAACACAAGAUGGUCGAACUUUUGUGGGUUUAGUGGAAAUAGUUGAUUCUGAGUUGGAUAUUGCUAUUUUAAAGAUACAAUCCGAAACUCCAUUUCCAUAUGCAAAACUUGGUACUUCAGCAGAGCUUCGUCCUGGAGACUGGGUGAUAGCCAUCGGUAGUCCAUGUUUCCUAAACAAUACCAUUACAUUAGGCAUUGUAAGUUGUGUCAAUCGUAAAGGCAAUGAUACUGGGAUAAGUACAGAGUAUAUACAGGCUGAUUGUUCUGUGAAUCCGGGGAAUUCUGGAGGACCUCUUGUAAAUAUAGAUGGAGAAGUUGUAGGUGUCAGUGUUUGGAAAUUUGCAACGAGUAAAUAUUCAAAUGAAGUAUUAGCAACUCAGGGUCUGGGAUUUUACGUGCCAAUUGAUUCAGUCUCUAAGAUCAUGGUUGAGAACUCCACGCGAAAAGGAUAUUGAUCAUAAAAAAUUUUAGUAUCAACAUAUAAUUUAUGUAUGUAUGCGUGUAUGUAUUUAUGUAUGUACAACUAUCUUUGGUACUUUUUGUGCGAAAAAAGGUAAAACAUACGAAGUAUAUGGAUAACUAUUUCAAAUAUGUUAAAAUAGUGUACACAUUGAAUCAACCAA